AGUGUGUGAUGUGGAGACGAAAAUAUCAUCACAAACGAUUCUAAAAACAUGACACUUUGACAGUGCAAGUUUGUCAUGGUGCAAAGUUAUUAUUUCAUUACGUGAAGUACAACAUUGUAGUUACUUAUUUGACCUGUUGAAAACAGAGAUUUUGAUUCACAACGUUUGUGAUUUCUGACUUCAAAUUCAAUCACAUCGACGUCAUCAUGACAUGUCUUGCUCUUCAAUUGCAAUUGCAUGUUGUUGUAUCUUGUAAGUAAGGACACGGAAUGUCAAGAGUAACAUGGUCAAGACGGAGAUUUUCUCUGUGAUGCUGGCGUUUUAGGGAAAUAAGAUUCAUCAGCGGAACAAGAGAAUUUCAAAUGUGGAAUUCCUAGUAGUGAAAUAAACUCACCAUGGAGGCAGCAGACAGAAUGAGUUUGGUUGAAAUAGAAGGCCCGCAUUUUGCCGGUAUUUCCAGAUCUCUGUCUCCAAUACAGACCUUGAAAGUUUCAGCCGAUCAACUGAAUGAUUAUUGGUCCCAUAGUCACAGCAGCGACAGUGGAGUUGGACAAGAUUACAGCGGGAGGGCGGCCGUUAUGCAACCACCACAGAGGUCCAGCAUGGGUUGCAAACUACAAGUGAAACACGUUACCCAAUUAGGCACCCAGUGUGGGCUCCUCGUGCCGAAAUACCACGUCCAUAAACAUUCAAAGUGUAUCAUGUGCAAGGAUUGUGGGAUCUUCUUUUCCUACGACGCCUUCCUUGGCCACAGCCAUGACAAGCAUGGGCGAAAACGACACCGUCCUCAGGCUCCAGCCUUGGAGCUUGACGAGGAGCAUCCAAACACCGAACAAUUAGGAAUGUGGCAGGAAUUUAUCUUUAAAAUAGGACAAACAGCAAGCUCAAAAUUGGUUGUCGAUGGUGACAACAGAAAGAGUAGUCAUGCAGAGUAUCAUCGAGUGAAAUUGAGGGAAACGGACCCUACCCCGAAUGAGGAAAAUAUUCAUAGCGGAGGGACAUUUUUAUCCGACUUUGACAAGAAUAUUCAGGAGUCUGUCAGUGCUUCGGAACGUCUCCUCAGAGAGACUUCACAAUAUCUUCACUCUUCAACGGAGAAGCUCAGACACAGGAGGCAAAAGUCCCUUAGAAAUCAUCAACUUCUUCCCAAGACUCUCCUGCAGGGUGACCCUUUGUCUUCCUCUGCCUCUAAACACGUCCAGCCCGUGAUCAAAGACUUGCAUUCCGGAUCGAGUUCCCGACGAGCUAAUAGAAAAUUCCUUGAAAAAUACCUGGAAAAGAGCCGCGAUAGUUUUCAACUCCUCACAGACUCAAUGACAAUGAGUUCAAAAACGGACUCACUGAGAGUUGGUGAAGACAGUGUACUGCAUCCUGAACUAGAUCCAAUUAGAGACAUUAGCUCAGGAGGGGGCGUGGAGAGGGAGAUACAUUUGGGAGGAGGGGGCGAUGCUGUUCAGAAGGCCACCUCACCGAGGCCGGUCAGCCCUGGCAAAACCCCUCAAGGAAAGAGCAAGAUGCUACAGGAGCACUUUAAUCGGAAUGAUCCUUUAUUUAUUGUUCAGACUGCUCAGGAACUACUCAACCUUGCAGCAUUGAAGAUGCAGGAGAAGGAACAGAACAGCCCAGGGGGCAUUGAUUGGCAGAAGAAAUAUGAAGCAGAAAGGGAGUUGAGAAAAGAGCAAGACAAGCGGAUCAGAGAACUGGAGGGUCUGUACCAAGAAGAGAUGAAGAGGAGACAGAAUGCUGAGGUGCAGCUGAGAGCCAUGCGUCUGCAAAAUCUGUAGGGAAGUUAAAAUACUCAUUCUAUAAAUCCAAUAGUGGGACAAUGAUUAAUACAUUUCCUUGAUGUUUCUGAUCCCCAACCCAUUUCUCCACCCACUCCCAAUGUAUGUAUUACAUGAGUGUUGUGGAGGAAGGAUGGCCGACCUACAAUGCAAGUUGAAGCCUGCCUGCUUGGCACAGGUCCACGCAUGCCAAUCUAAACAGGGACCGGGUGUUGGACUGAAGGAUGUAUUAUUGGAACCUUUC